AUGUUUUUCACGGAAGUCCUAUCUUCACUCACAUCAGAGGUCUCACACAGGAGAGAAGCCAUAUUCCUGUCCUUGAUGCGGGAAAUGUUUUUCAGAGAAGUCCAGGCUUUCCAGACAUCAGAGAUCUCACACGGGGGAGAAGAUGUAUUCCUGUCCUGA